AUGUCUCUGGAUGCCAAACAUGUUGUUAUGAAGGAGGUAGAUGUUGGCGAUCAAUUUACAAAUGGACAAGAGUUUGAAUUUCGUGAUCACAUGCUUCAAUGGAUUCGUAUGGAGACAUUCAUAUUGAGGUUUGAUGUUGUAAUCAAAAGGUCCGAUAAUGGUUCAGAUAGAAGAGGUGUAUUUGUGACAAUGACAUGUGAAAGAAGUGGGAAAUUUAAUGUGAUAUAUGGUUUACAUAACCAUGACAUUUGUGAAAAGUUAGUCGGUCAUCCAAAUGCAGGUCGCCUCAUGCUGAAAGAGAAGGAAUUCGUUUUAGAUAUGACAUUGAAUUUGGUGCAACCGAAAAACAUACUUGCAACUUUGAAACGUAAAAGACUUGAAAAUAUCCCAAAUAUCAGGUACCGAACAUGUGAGGAUAAAGUAAUUGUUAGAGAUAUAUUUUGGACUCAUCGUGAUUCCAUCAAGUUGUUCAACAUGUUUUCUAAUGUGCUCAUCAUUAACUCAAUGUAUAAGACCAACAAGUACAUGCUUCCACUAUUGAAAAUUGUUGGUGUUACUCUACCGAGAAGACUUAUUCUGCCGACUUUGCAUUUCUAG